UGCGGGCCUGAAUCCCUCUUCAACCUUCUGCUUUCUGGAGGGGCACCUUCAACCAGCUCCGCGGUGCACUGGCAGUGGCUUCCUAAGUUUUAAAGGAUACUUGGAAAUAAUACUUGAACACAGACACAAUGUCCUUUCUGAGUGUCAGCAGGUUAGCACCUAAACUUCUCAGUUCAAAGAAUGCCACCUACUUACUUGUGGCUGCCAGAAAUGCAAGCGCAUCAACAAAUCUGAAGGAUGUUCUGGCAGACCUCAUCCCUAAAGAACAGACCAGGAUCAAGAACUUUAAACAGCAGUAUGGCAAAACAAACAUCGGACAGAUUACUGUUGACAUGGUUUAUGGAGGUAUGAGGGGCAUGAAGGGGCUGGUGUAUGAGACUUCUGUUUUGGAUCCUGAGGAGGGCAUCCGUUUCCGAGGAUACAGCAUCCCAGAGUGUCAGCAGUUGCUUCCUAAAGCUGCAGGAGGUGAGGAGCCACUGCCUGAGGGUCUCUUCUGGCUGCUGGUCACAGGACAGGUGCCCACCGAGGAGCAGGUGAGCUGGCUGUCCAAGGAAUGGGCAAAGAGAGCUGCACUUCCCUCUCACGUAGUCACCAUGUUGGAUAAUUUCCCCACAAACCUGCAUCCCAUGUCUCAGUUCAGUGCUGCUAUCACAGCUUUGAACAGUGAGAGCAGCUUUGCACGGGCCUACUCUGAGGGUGUUCACAAAUCCAAGUACUGGGAGUUUGUCUAUGAAGACUCUAUGGAUUUGAUCGCUAAGCUGCCCUGCAUUGCUGCCAAGAUCUACCGCAACUUGUACCGUGAAGGCAGCAGCAUCGGAGCCAUCGACUCCAACCUGGACUGGUCCCAUAAUUUCACCAAUAUGCUCGGUUACAGUGAUACCCAGUUCACUGAGUUAAUGAGGCUCUACCUCACCAUCCACAGUGACCAUGAAGGAGGCAAUGUCAGUGCCCACACCAGCCACCUGGUGGGUAGCGCCCUGUCAGAUCCCUACCUGUCCUUCAGUGCCGCCAUGAAUGGUCUUGCCGGUCCUCUUCACGGCCUGGCCAAUCAGGAGGUGCUGGUGUGGCUGACCGCCCUGCAGAAGGAGUUGGGUGGAGAGGUGUCUGAUGAGAGGAUGAGGGAUUACAUCUGGAAUACGCUGAAGUCUGGAAGGGUGGUUCCAGGCUAUGGCCACGCUGUCCUGAGGAAGACUGACCCACGUUACACCUGCCAGCGAGAGUUUGCCCUGAAGCACCUGCCCAAUGACCCCAUGUUCAAGAUGGUUGCCCAGCUCUAUAAGAUUGUACCCAAUGUGCUCCUGGAGCAGGGCAAAGCCAAGAACCCCUGGCCCAAUGUGGAUGCUCACAGUGGAGUACUGCUGCAGUACUAUGGAAUGACCGAGAUGAACUACUACACUGUGCUGUUCGGAGUGUCCCGAGCCCUGGGUGUACUAGCUCAGCUGGUGUGGAGUAGAGCCCUGGGCUUCCUGGAGCGUCCCAAGUCCAUGAGCACAGAUGGACUGAUGACAUUGGUGGGAGCCAAGUCGGGCUGAAGAACAGCUUACAGGAGUCGGGGGUUAGUGUAAAGGGUGGGAGGAGGUGGAAAUAUCAAAAGGCAGACAUAGGUUGACCCCCUGUUAUUUCCAACUCCAGGGAAAUGGGAUUCAAAGAGACAGUACGCUUUUAAUGUCAGUUCACAAAAAAUGGCCUUUUCGAUUGUUACACCAUUUAGAUUUAAGUGUGUUUAUUAACCAGCAUCAAGUUUUCUCCGUCAUGACUCCAUGUUUGGAAUGUGUGAGGUGAAAAAACUUAACAUACAUUUAACCCCUAAGUAGGCUCAAAAUAUGUACCGACUAUUCGUCUGCUAGCAUCACUCAGAUCCCCUCAGACAUUUGUGCAGUGCCGUGUGUCUUCUGUUGGCACUGGUCUGAGCUAUGAAAAGACAGUGACGUUCAAAGGGAAAUGCGGGGGUAAAUUAACUUCCGCUGUAUUUGUUCAAAGAUUUGAGGUUAAACAAGUGAUUCAGCCUUUGCUGCUUUUGGCUACAGCAGUGAUUUUUGUUCUAGAUGAAAUCCCGAAGCAAAUUAUAUUUCCCCCCAGUUAAGAUUCUCAGUUUGGGUUUUUUUUUUCUAUGCAAAUGUCCCCAGAUUCUUCCCACCCACACUUCACUCCCAUUAUGACACUCCAGUUAAAUUUAAAAAAAAAAGAAGGCCCUCAUGAGUAAAAUUAGCAAAAUGUUCAAGAUAUGGGCUUAAAUCAGUUAAAAGAUACUGCCCCUUUAAAUCUUCGGUCUAACCAUUUGCCUCAACUUGUAGAUUUUGUUCUUUUUAAUUGUAACCUGCUUUUCCCUCUAUGAUCAAAGUAACUGUCUUAUUGAAAUCAAAAUAAGGAUCCUCUCUUUUUCUUCGACAUGCUUAUUUAUUUUUUUAAUAGAUCUUUAAUGAGUCUUUGCUCAAAGGGGCAUCUAAAUGGUAGAAUGAAACAAUAGACUGGUGUACAGUAACAAAACUAAAGAGUAGAGUAAAGGGGUUGUAAUCUGCAGCGUGUAGGAAAUCCUUAAGAGCAAGCUUGAAUAAAAAAGGUGGGGGAAGGGGAGGUAGGCUUUGUUGAAGUCCUGCUUUAGUUGAGUGUUUUUUUUUUUGUUUUUGUUUAUCCCCACAGGAGAGCGCUUUAAACAUCAACUACUCCAAAAUGAGCACUUGCUUGAUUGGAUUUCCUGAUUAUAGCAGUAGAAACCCCAGGUUGAUUGUGUCCCCUUUUAACAUAAGCUUUUGGUGUUGAAUAUGUAUAAAACUAUAAUCUCUGGGUUCUCAUUUUGUGGUUUUAUUUAUACUUUGUGUACAUAGGUAUAUAUAUGUAUAGCUUGAAUGUAUGAGCUCUGUGCGACCAUUUGCUUGUAAUAAGAACCACAAUGAUUACCAUAGUUUACCACCAUAGUCUAAUGUCCAGUCCCACUGUGAUGUUCAGUCCCACUGGUCACUGAAAAUGAACAAACGACUGCAGCUAUCUUGUAUAUACACUAUUUUUUUUUUGCCUAGCUCAGUGGGCUUAGCCGGUGCUGUUUUUCAGGUGUUCACUUGAAUGUUUCAAGCUUGCCUCUUAAGUACAGCUUCACCUGCUGCUCCUGGUUUGUCAGCACUCCUUUUGUGUUAACUUAGAUCAUGCAUCUUUUUUUUCUUUUCCAUCUGUAUUCACAUAGCCAGUGGUUCAGAUCAAAAUGUGUAAACCUCUUUUUUGCCGCCACCUUCUGUUGUGUUUGCUCAUUGUAGUGUUCUUUCAUGUAGUUGGUUGCUCAAGAGUCAGGUUUAUUUUGAUCAUAGAGGAACAACAAGGUUGUACAUGAUAACUGGGAGAAUUCAUUGCAGAUGGACUCAUCAGACAGACACUUUGGGGGAUGGGGCUGGAUGGGUCAAACGAGCAGGAAAAGCUUAAAGAGCAAAUAUUGGAAAACCUAACAAAAAAAGAAAAAUAAUAAAGGUUUUUAUUAACAU